AUGCGCCUCAUCCAGAACAUGUGCACGAUCGCCGAGUACCCCGCCCCGGGCAGCGCCGCCGCCGCCGACUGCUGCCUGGGGGCGGCGGGCCGCCGCCUGGUCAAGAUCGCUGUGGUGGGGGCCAGUGGCGUGGGCAAGACCGCUCUGGUGGUCCGGUUCCUCACCAAACGAUUCAUCGGUGACUAUGAAAGAAACGCAGGUAAUCUCUAUACCAGACAAGUGCAAAUAGAAGGUGAAACCCUGGCUCUUCAGGUUCAAGACACUCCAGGUAUUCAGGUGCACGAGAACGGCCUGAGCUGUGGCGAACAGCUGAAUAGGUGCAUUCGCUGGGCCGAUGCCGUGGUGAUCGUGUUCUCUGUCACCGACUACAAGAGCUAUGAACUCAUUGGCCAGCUCCACCAGCACGUCCAGCAGCUGCACCUGGGCAGCCGGCUACCGGUGGUGGUCGUGGCCAACAAAGCCGACCUGCUGCACAUCAAGCAGGUGGACCCCCAGCUGGGACUGCAGCUGGCCAGCAUGCUGGGCUGCUCGUUCUACGAAGUGUCCGUCAGCGAGAACUACAACGAUGUCUAUAACGCCUUCCACGUCCUGUGCAAGGAAGUGAGUCACAAACAGCCCAGCAGCACGCCGGAGAAGCGCAGGACCUCCCUCAUCCCCCGGCCCAAGUCCCCCAACAUGCAGGACCUGAAGAGGAGGUUCAAGCAAGCCCUUUCGGCCAAAGUGAGGACUGUCACCUCCGUCUGA